AUGAUACAAGAGGGAACAAGCUUCAAAUUUUCAAACAUUAUUUCAAAAGGUGAAAACACAUUUUGGGCAGGCAGCAAUACUUCAAUUAGUUACUGUGCAGUUGUUGAAACUGCAGUAGAUUCAGCUACUUUGUGUCUCCCUGAAAAAGAACCUGCAGAAGGAAUCCAAAAGCCUUUCAAAGAUGCCUUGGUUUCUCCAAACAAAUCUACAGUAACAGGAAAAGUUGCCAAGGUAUCUCCUUUACAUAUGAGAAUGCAAGGGACCUUGCCUGUCAAAGCACUCCUUCUGAAAGAUGUAACAGCCAAAGCAAAAGUCUGCCUUUUUGGAGAUAAUGCCUCAAGUAACUAUGCUAGAGGAGAUGUUGUACAAGUGGCAGCAGUUUUUCCUAAAACAUUUCAAAACCAGAAACAAUUAACAACAUCCCCCAUCUCUAAAUGCCAGUUCUUAUCAGACAUGCCCGAAAUCAUAAUAAAUCAAGACGAUGAGGAGACUGCAGACCCCGAUUUUGAAGAACCUUUAGAUGUAGAAGAAAUGCACGAAAUCACCUUGACAGAUUUCAUGGAUGUUGAUAACUACAAAUGUUGCAGUGCCAAAGCCUGUCGACAAAAGAAGUACCAGGGAGGAAAGUGCCCCAUCUGUAACAGGACAGACUCAAUCAUGUUUUCGUUCAGAGUCAAUUUCCUUUACUCCACUGAAAAAGAAAAGGAUAAAAAAUAGCCUUAUUCCCUUCC